AUGCGUGGGUACAAACUAAUUGUAUCGAACACAGAAUCUACCAAUCAGUGGAACAGGGGUCACAUGAUAGCUGGUCACGUUUGCUACACGGAGGUCAGAACAAAUCCGCCAACACAACAGUCGGUACCAUGUCUAGCUAGGGGACAGUACAUAACAUAUGCUGAUGAUUAUCGCUCCCCUAGAGACCAGAACCCGUAUGUAGAACUCUGCGAGUUGGAGGCCUUUGGUUGUCCGACUGGAUGGUAUGGACAGAAUAACUGCGAUCAUCCUUGUCCUGAAGGAUGCUUGGAAGAAGUAUGUGAUCCGGACAAUGGCACGUGCUUAUACGGAUGCGAAACCGGAUUACAGGGAAUCACGUGCAAUACAACAUGUGACGAUGGCAGAUUCGGAUUAGGAUGCCAGCAAUAUUGUUACUGUCUAGGCGAGACAUGUGAUCCACAAAACGGACUUUGUCCUGACAGCAGGUGUCAUUGGGGGUGGAACGGCUCAGCAUGUAAUCAGACUUGCGGUCGCCGAACCUUUGGAGACAAUUGUGUAGAGACUUGUCAUUGCCGGCAGGGAUCAUGUCAUCCUGCUAAUGGAACUUGCCUAUAUGAAGGAUGUCUGCCAGGAUGGCAAACAGAAUCAUGCAGCGAGGAAUGCGACGAAGGCAGAUUCGGCCAUGAAUGUAGCGUUACUUGUGGUGCCUGUAGGGACAAUGUUCCGUGUGAUCACGUGACUGGAAUAUGUCCUAAUGGUUGCGCAGAUGGAUGGACCAAGCCCUCUUGCAACGAAACAUGCCCAACCGGAACAUUUGGAUUCAACUGUACCAGGAAAUGCUUUUGUAAGAAUGGAACGUGUGAUCCUGCAAGUGGUUCCUGUCCAGACAGUGACUGUGAUAAAGGGUGGCGUGGUCCGACAUGUAGCUUACCUUGCGGUCCUCGAACCUUUGGAGCAAAUUGUGUAGAGACUUGCCAUUGCCGGCAAGGAUCAUGUCAUCCUGCUAAUGGAACUUGCCUAUAUGAAGGAUGUCUGCCAGGAUGGCAAACAGAAUCAUGCAGCGAGGAAUGCGACGAAGGCAGAUUCGGCCAUGAAUGUAGCGUUACUUGUGGUGCCUGUAGGGACAAUGUUCCGUGUGAUCACGUGACUGGAAUAUGUCCUAAUGAUUGCGCAGAUGGAUGGACCAAGCCCUCUUGCAACGAAACAUGCCCAACCGGAACAUUUGGAUUCAACUGUACCAGGAAAUGCUUUUGUAAGAAUGGAACGUGUGAUCCUGCAAGUGGUUCCUGUCCAGACAGUGACUGUGAUAAAGGGUGGCGUGGUCCGACAUGUAGCUUACAAUGUGAGGCUGGGUUCUUUGGCUACAAUUGUAAGGAAGCAUGUCAUUGUCGGAUAGGAUCUUGUAACCGGACGACAGGACUAUGUUCUCCGGGUGGCUGUAAAGACGGAUGGCAGAUGGACACGUGUAGCGAAAAAUGCGAUAAAGGUUUUUACGGGACUAACUGCUCUGUGACGUGUGGAAUGUGUACAGAUAAUGGGAGCUGUCACCACAUCAACGGCCAUUGUACCCAGGGAUGUGAUCCUGGUUUCCAUGGAGAGCGAUGUCACAAAGCAUGUGACGAUGGUACAUUCGGUUUAGGAUGCCAGCAAUAUUGUUAUUGUCUCGGUGAGACAUGUGAUCCACAGACAGGAAUGUGUCCUGACAGCAGGUGUCAGCUUGGAUGGAAAGGUACCACGUGCAAUCAACGAGAUCAAAGCAAGUUCAAUGAUAAUUCAGCCAGUUGUAACUUGAUCAUAAUAGCUAUUUUGGCUGCUGUUUGCGGACUGCAGUUUGUUGCAUUGAUCACCAUAGUAAUCUGUUGGCUUCGGAACAAACAAAAGAGAAAGAAUUUGCCAGAACGAUCCGUUCCGGAAAGUGGAUAUGCGUCAUUAUCUCCUCGUCAAGAAGAACCUCCCAACGUCUAUGAAACGUUGGCCAUGUAAUACACAGGAUAGAUUCAUCAAAUUCCAAAUCAUACAAGAUCGUUCACAAGAAGCUAUGAUCACUUAAUCAAUCAGCAAAGAAACUCCAUGGAUUUCACUAGAUAAACAUCAAUCUACAUGUAUGGAAAAUUACAGUGCACAAGCCGCUUGAGUCUGCCCGAUCCUGUAGGCCUUGGCCUAAUCCAUUUGUCAGUUAUGUGAGGGGGGAAAUUCUCAACAGGCUUAUUUUGCAGGAAAAGUUCUGGCUCAGAAAUAACAUAUGUGUGCUUAUCAGGUCUGUAUAGGAAGUGAAUGGGAUUGUUAUUUCCUAUCUACAUAAUAAGUGUCAUGUACAUAAGGAUUCUGAUAGCUCAAAAAUGAUUUUCAAGAACACGGGAAAAAAACCCGUUCCCGCUCCAGAGUGAUGCCUGAUUUUGUAUAUAUUCAAAAUAACUUAAUAGUGCUUUAAAUUUGCCAAUUUAUAGUCAAAAUAUAUGCAUAGCCAUCAUUUAAACAGUCCGAUUAUAUCCCGAUCCUGUAAAUCGUCAAAGUGGGCAGCGGACUAGGAAUCAAGCAUUCAUGUCAAGUCAAAUAUACAGGAAAUUCAAUCGAUCAAAAAGAACUCUCGGUAAAAAUUCAAUUAAUGCAGCUUUACCUUUAAAUUGAAAACCAACUGGAAAUGGUGGCUGUUCAGUUCGAAGCAGGAGACAACCACAAAAAACAGUCUAGUUAUUUCGCGUUCGCGCAGGUGGCGGAAGUGCUUUCAUUAUAUUUUCGAAGUUCAAUGACAAAAUUAAUAUAUUGAUAUAGUCAUGUUAUUUGUAAUAUUACUUUAUGAUAAAUAUGUUGCAUAAUCGUACUUUUGUUGUGGUCACCAUCUAAUGACGGACUCUUCCUUUUAACACAAACCAUUAGACCUGCAAAAGUUCUAGUAACUGAAGAUUUUGUACUUUAUUUUAUUAGGAAACAAGUGUGUUGAUUGAAAUAUAAGGAUUGGAUAUUGGUCGGUUUCAUGUGUGAUGAAUUAAGUUGCUCUUGAUACAAUUUCAACAUGAACUGUUUCGUAGUUCAUUCAUUUUUUCUCAAGAGCAACUCACAAGGAAAUAGGCCAUAACAAAAAUAUAGUCAAGAUUUGAUUAGUUAACAAUUGCUAAAUCAUAAAUGUUUGUUUUUUGAGAGAUACUUCCUUCCUUUAUGUACAUAUUCAAAAAUAUGUGUUAUGUGUGUCAAGUUAUUUUAGAAAUUGUUUUUUAUUAGUGUCUCGCCUUAAUUCUUCAAAUGAUCUUUGUAUAUAUUUACUGAUAUGAAACAUCACGUAACUAUGUUAUUGUUUUACGUGUGUUGGCGACGCUAGUUAAUUAUUCGCAGUGUUUCUGCAUUUUGUGAAAAUGAUUCUUUCGAUAGAAAGGAUUUUUAAAGUAUACUUACGUUUUACACAGGUUUUUUUUAUUUAUCUUACUUAAAGAAAUAAUUAUCAGAAAAAAUUAAACACAAAUAUAAAAUCUGAGUUGAAGUUUCAACGUAUUUUGGAUUAUGUGUGUUCCUAACAUUUGAAAGUUGAAAACUGCAAAAAAUUGUCAUAUGCAUAUAAAGCAAAUUAUAAACACAAUGUGGUCGUUGACGAGUUCAAGAAGUAUUACAAUAUAUCUCUCAAUUUGUAUUGAAAGAUGUUAAUAUUUUUUUACGUCUUUUGUACAUUCCCUUGUUACUGAUGCAAAGGUUUAAGACGUUUUUGAUGUAUUCAUUGAAGGUUUAAGACGUUUUUGAUGUAUUCAUUGAAGCUGAUGAUCUAGCUGUUGAAAGGACUGUCAUCAAUAAUAACCAAACAACUAUCAAUCUAAUAUUUUAUUUUGUUGUCUGUGCCCACUUUAGAGAUAUAGCAUGUUUUUUUAGUUACAAGUAUUAAUUAUAAUCGAAGUGAUCUUCCAAGGGAGGCAAUACGAAAAUCAUAUAUUACUGGUGGGUGUCCUUUCAGUCCAGGUUCAGGUCAGUAGUACAUAACAUUGGGAGGGAUAAACAUAUCGUCAUUGGAUAUUGGUUAUUUGUAAUUUCUGCUUCGAAUUGCCCCUAUGCUAAUGUAAGCUGAUGUAAUAAGACAUAAAUUAUGAUAAUAAUAAAGCAGAUUUUCUAGAGAUACACACAUGUAUAUAUAUAAACCAAGCCGUUUAAAGAACACAAAUGUCAUCGAUCGUUAAACAAUAUGUUAUUCUUAUAAAAAUCAUCACGUUUAUUCUUCUGCUCUCCGCGGGGUCUGCAAGACAUGUUUAUUUAGGAUAUAUAUUUGAUUUCCUCUUGUGUUGUUUUAUUUUAUGUAACAUAAGUCAAUAUAUGCUCUGUUCUUCAUAUGAAAUCAUUCACUUAUGUAAUUUGUUGUACUAGUACAAUGAUAAUAAUUGAUUUGAUUUGAUAUACAAUUUGUAAAGAAGAUUUUUUUUAUUUGUUACGCUUGAUAUUUCGUUGGUACACUUAAUAUUUGGUAUACUUGUUUUUGUAUUGUUGUUUUUUUCAAUAGUUUCGUGGUAGUUUUGGUGCCAUAUUCCGAGUAUGGAUUGCUGUAAACGUACUUAAAUUGACAAACCCAGUUUUAGCGCAAAACUAAAUUAAAUCAACUAGAUUAGCGGGAUGAUGAUUUAACGUAGCUACAAAUGAUUGUCAUAGAAACCAGUGUAGAUAAACCAUAAUUAGCAUAAUAAUAAUUGAGCGGGAUUCUUCCAGAGCGAAAAAGCUAAAAUAUGAUCACCGCUGAAAUAUGUACGUUUACAGUAUCAUAUACGAAUUUUACAUAUAAUAACAAAACCUAAUUACGGAUGACACGUGCUUAUGGUACCGAGGCCAGAAUCAAGACUGAUUUCCAUUUGUUAUCGUCCCUAAAGAACCAUUAUACUUCUGAUUAUGUUACAGUCAAAUUUGAGUUAUACUGCCAUUGUCUAAAGUUCCAGCAGACCAAAAAUGUGUAACUUUAUUCCAAAAGUUUGCGAAGUUUAAAUUCCAUUAACAAAUUAAAUGUUCUACUAUUAUGUGUCUUGCCUUGAAAUCUGUUUAAUAAACGUUUAUGUACAGUA